CCGUGACAGCUGAGCUGAGCUUUCGUGAUAAAUCGACACGAUGCCCGAACCUGCGAAGUCAGCGCCCGCUCCCAAAAAAGGCUCUAAAAAAGCUGUCACCAAGACCCAGAAGAAGGGGGAUAAGAAAAGGCGUAAGACCAGGAAAGAGAGUUACGCCAUUUACGUGUACAAAGUACUAAAACAAGUCCACCCGGACACUGGCAUCUCCUCAAAGGCGAUGGGCAUUAUGAACUCAUUUGUAAACGACAUCUUCGAGCGCAUCGCCGGAGAAGCGUCGCGCCUGGCGCAUUACAACAAGCGCUCCACUAUCACAUCCCGGGAGAUCCAGACAGCCGUGCGCCUGCUCCUGCCCGGAGAACUGGCCAAACACGCAGUGUCUGAGGGAACAAAGGCCGUGACCAAAUACACCAGCUCCAAGUGAAAGUGAGCGGCAGACGGACUGGACUGUAUUCUUAUGGAUGGCAGAUGAAAACCGUCCGCAUGAAGGACCUCUGGUACAUCUUGAGCUCUGGAGGAGCACAUACACACGGUGCUUUCCAUCUGUAACACAACAUUCACCUGAGGUUGUUCCUGUUUGAUCGUAUUUGCACGUGUGAUGAACACUUGUUAUGUACUAUUCUGGCAUAUGCCCGUCAUUUGUUUACCCAUGUGGCUGUAAAGUCAAAUUCCUGGAGGAAAUCACUGUGGCUUUGGUUUUUAUUGAUUCUUGUUGACAAAAAAUUGCUGUACUGUAUUCAUAUCGAAGAAAAUGUCUUAAGCCUAAAUGUUUCUUCAUACAUUACCUUGGUAUUAUUUACCCCAAAUAAAUACACUGGUUAAUUGUA